AUAAAAAGACUAUUAUAAGUUGAGCCGUCUUGCCCUGUCAUGGGUGGAUGGUACUUCCCACCGCAAAGGUACUAGUAAACUCAGAAUCGACGUGUUAAAACGAAGCUAAAACAGAGCUCCAAAGUCGCAUGGGAGGUUCUCCUUUCUGCUUUCCUGGGAAAUCCCUUUGGAUUUGAAUUGAGCUUCAAUUUCCUGUUGGUCUCUACCAAUCGCUGUCGCUGUUGCAUCCAUUCAUGGCUUUACUUCAUUCAAUUUUUCUUCUUCUGCUUUUUGCCUGCCCUUUCUCCAACUUCUCUGCUGAAAGCCGGAAGGAGUUGAGAGAUAUGGAGGUUAACGAGGAAACUGUUAUACAAUCAAGGCUUUCAGCUCAAUCAAACACGAUUGACCCAUCACGAGUAAUGCAACUUUUAUGGCAGCCAAGGUCAGGGUCUUUCUGUAUAAUGGCUUUCUAUCAGAUGAGGAGUGCGACCACCUUAUUUCUUUGGGUCAUGAAGCGAAAGAAGGAAUUUUAGGGAUCAAUGAUGAUCGAGUUAAUGUUGGGACAAACAGGCAGCUCACAAGUUCUGAACUUUUGCUGAACAGAGAAGAUAAAGUUCUUGCAAUGAUUGAGGAAAGAAUUUCAGCUUGGACUUUCCUUCCCAGAGAUAAUGGUAAGCCUCUACAGGUUAGGCGCCAUGGACUUGAGGGGACUGAACAAAACUUGGAUUAUUUUGGCAAUAUUUCCACACUGGCUUUAAGCGAGCCUUUGAUGGCAACUGUGAUUUUGUAUCUUUCAAAUGUUACUAGGGGUGGUGAGAUUCUUUUCCCCCAUGCAGAGCCAAGGAGCAAGAUAUGGUCAGAUUGUGCAAAGUCCAGCAAUAUCCUUAAACCCGUUAAGGGAAAUGCGAUUUUGUUUUUCACUACUCGCCUCAAUGCAUCUCCUGAUGGUAGCAGCUCACAUGCCAGAUGCCCUGUUCUCGAAGGAGAAAUGUGGUUUGCCACCAAACUCUUCUACCUAAGGGCUGUUAAAGGGGAUAAAGUCUCAUUUGACUCUGAUGGAAAUGAUUGCGUUGAUGAAGAUGCCAAUUGUCCUCAAUGGGCUGCUCUCGGGGAAUGCCAGAGGAAUCCUGUUUUCAUGGUUGGUUCUCCUGAUUACUACGGUACAUGUAGGAAGAGUUGUAACGGUUGCUGAUGAGGAACCUGUAUGUGAUUUGAUUCUAUUAUUCUAAUAAUUACCGGUUUAUGUAGUUUUUCUCGGUAAUUCCUCGUACACGGCCCCCCAGUCAUUCUCAAUUGCUUCAACAGAGAUAGUUGAUCAAUUCUAGGGAACUUGUUUGUCUUGAAAUAGUGUUUUUAGUCCCAUUGACUGGUAUAAUUGGCAAUUUAUGGUUAAAAACAGUUUCCUAAA